UCACGACACGUCACUCACAGCUCAACUCCCCCUCCCCAGGAAGUGAGGCUAAGCUAAAGGCUAGCCCGCGGAGCUAACGUCAGUUGGCUGCUCGCUGUCUGUUUGGAGCCACCUGACAACCGCUCACAUGACUUCGAGCAGAGAGCAGCUCGGCGACAAGGUCUGAUUUUACUGUGUGUCGGUGUGUUUCAGGGGUCGUUUGGCAACGCUGCAGAGUCACGGAGGGGCUGGUUACACAACAACAACAACAACACAACAACAACAACAACAGCAUGUUUGCAAAGAAGAAGAAAGCAGCUCAGCCCAGAGGCCAGGGCGCUGCUGCAGCCAGACAGAUGGGUCUGUUUAUAGACCUGGACCCUGAGGAGAUGAUGGGUCUGGAGGAGAAUCUGGACGACUCAGACUUGGAGGCUGAACUCGCGUCUAUCACUGGAGAAAAAGCCGCUGUCAGAGGGAGAGCCAAGCAGAAGGGCAAGACCCCUCUGCCCAUGGACGACAUCGCUAGGAUGGCCGAUGAGUGCAUGAGAGAUGUGGAUGACGAUGACGAUGAUGACAUGGAAGAUGACGAAGAUCUGUUGGCGGAGCUACAGGAAGUGGUGGGUGAGGGGGAAGCUGAGGAUGUAGCAACUAUUUCCUCCUCAUCUUCUACCACCGCUGAACUCUCUGAAGCUGCAACACGAGAGUCGGCACCAGGGCAGCAGGAAGUAAAGAUGUCAUUGGCCCCCGGUGGCCUCGAGCGCCACCUAGAGGAGAGGAUAUGCAUGUACAAGACGGCCUCACAAAACGCCAAGAUCGCAGGAGAGACCUCGAAAGUGCGGAGGUUCGAUCGCGGUCUGAAGACUCUGGAGACGAUGCUGGCUGCGUUGAAAAGGGGGCGGCCUGUGGACGAGGCAGAGAUCCCUCCCCCUGUCGCCACUGGAGCCCAGAGGGACGCCCCUCGUCCCGCUGUUCCUGCACGACCUGCACCCCCUGUACCAUCGAGUCCCGAAUCUCCAGAUCAGCCGGAGGAGUCGGACGCCACAACGCCACCGCCUGCUGCACCAGAGGUCGUCACGCCCACCAGUGAUGAGGAGCAGUCGUCCUCCGCCACCCCGUCCCAUCUGAGCAGCGCCCCGUCUCCAGAGGAGCACACGGAGGAACCUGCUCUGGUGCCACAAACUGGUCAGACAGCUGCGGCCGCGGCGACCAAGGCGCUGCUACUGGAGAGGCAGAACGAAUUCAAGAUGGCCGCUCUAAGAGCCAAGAAGCAGGGAGACGUGGAGCAAGCGAAACUUUACUUCAGGACCGGCAAGAGGUUCGAUCCAGUGAUUGAGGCGUUGGAGAAAGGACAAGAAAUCGACCUGAGCGGCCUCCCUCCCUCUCCAGGACAGGGUUCAGGAGGAAACUCUGCUCCAGUGAAGGAACAGACCUCAGGUCCAAACACACAGGUCACCCAACCAGUGGCUGCACCUCCAGCCGCUGCAGCCCCGUCCGUCCCUGCGCCUCCCAAAGACGUGCUGGAGGCUCUGGAGCAGAGACGAGCCAAGUACGUGGAGGCGUCGGCUCAGGCUAAAGCCAGUGGAGACGACCGCAAGGCCCGAAUGCACGACCGCAUCGCCAAGCAAUACCAGAGCGCCAUCCGAACUCACAAAGCAGGAAAACCAGUGGACUUUGAAGAGCUGCCGGUUCCCCCUGGAUUUCCUCCAAUCCCAGGCCAGAGAGCGUCGGCAGCUGAGCAGAGAUUUGUCGCUGCUCUGGAGGUGGCCAGUAAGAUCGUUGAUGGAGAUCCAGCUGAAGCUCCAGAGGAAGACGAGGAUGAGGAGAAACAAGAAGAGUCGAAGUCGGCUGUUCCAGAAGAGACAAAGAAACCAACGUUAGACGUCCCCACCGCGGGUCAGGGACGGAAGAGGACUCCUUCAGCUUCUCCUGACAGAUCCGCUGCAAGAGAAGGAAUCUCCCCAACAGGGGUUCAGCAGCUGGAGUUCCUGGAGGGUCGGAAGAAGCAGUACCUGAAGGCCGCUCUGAUUGCGAAGCAGAAGAACGACCUGGAGCAGGCCAAGAGUUUCCUCCGCACCGCCAAGAGCUUUGAGCCCAUGAUCGAGGCAGCACGCGGCGGGAAAUCUGUGGACAUCAGCACGGUGCCGUCGCCCCCUGGUGAUGAAGACGAAGACUUCAUCCUGGUGCAUCACAGCGACGUUCAGGGCUCAGAGAAAGCCGAUCAGGUUUACACUCAACUGGCCAAGAUCCUCAAAGAGCAGCAAGAGAAAUGUAUGACUCACUCCAAACAGUUCACACACCUGGGGAACAUCUCCGAAACCACAAAGUUUGAGAAGAUGGCGGACAGUUGUAAGAAGAGCCUGGAGGUCCUGAAGCUGGCUCAGUCACGGGGGCUGCCUCCUCCUAAGCAUCACUUUGAGCAGAGGUCGUUUCACACGGCCAGGAUAUUUCCCGAGCUGAGCAGCACUGACAUGGUUGUCGUCAUCGUGAAAGGGAUGAAUCUUCCAGCACCGAGUGGAAUCCAAACCAACGACCUGGACGCUUAUGUGAAGUUUGACUUCCCGUACCCGAGCAGCGAGCAGCCGCAGAAACACAAAACAUCCGUCAUCAAGAACACAAACUCUCCAGCUUACAACCAGAGCUUCACGCUGACAAUCAAUCGCAACCACCGCGGCUUCAAGAGGGUGUUGACGUCCAAAGGCUUCAAACUGGAACUGCUGCACAAAGGAGGUUUCCUCCGGAGCGACAAGCCGAUUGGGACGGCCCUCGUGAAGCUGGACAAGCUGGAGUCCCAGAGCGAAAUCAGGGAAAUCGUAGAGGUGAUGGACGGUCGUAAACACACAGGAGGUCGUGUGGAGGUGAAGAUCCGCCUGCGGGAGCCUCUGAGCGGGCAGGACAUGCAGACGAGCACCGAGCGCUGGCUGGUGAUCGACAAGUCCCAGGUUCUCGUUUAGAAGAAGCUACAGAAUUAAAGAUAACACACAAGAUACAGAAACACUCAGAGGAGGUGAAGAGAGACGGGUGUUUCAAUCUGACUCUGACGAACGUCUGUUGUUCAGACGCAGACCAACGUGGCUCUUUUCACAGGAAAAACACACAAAAACUAAAAAAAACGUUUGCACAUUUGUUAGACACGAGAGCUGCUGCUCACGCAGCCGCCUGCGAGCAGAGCGGUUCACAGAGCGGUUCACAGAGCGGUUCACAGAGCGGUUCACAGAGCGGUUCACAGAGCGGUUCACAGAGCGGUUCACAGAGCGGUUCACAGAGGGUCGGCUUGACCUUGUGUCCCUCCUCCUCCUGGAGGACGGAAGCGUGUCCUGGGCUCAUGAAGAAGGGGCUCAGUGUCGAGCUCCCCCUGAUCCUGCUGCCCGACUAUAGUUAAUAUAAUAGAGAGAAAAAGAAUGUGUUCAUAUUCUUCAUAUUAUACAGCUCUGGUAUCUAGAACUGCACCUAUGCACUAAUACCAAAGUAAUCACUGUUGCUGUAAAAUCCUGCAUAUUUGAAAUCGCCUUUAGCUGCCAAACCUGCUAUGACACGACGGGUUCAUGUGUGUGUGACGGGAGCUCAGUCGUCAGGGUUCUUCUUUAUUUCCCCACACUACUCCUCCGCCUCUCAGUGGGAGCGUUUCAGGCCGACGCAGCGACAUUACACAUGUUCAUGUUGGAAGAGGUACGAUUAUUUAAGAGUUAAUUUACAGACCGCACUUCCUGUUGGCACCUUUCACUGAUUUAGUUGCUUUAGUUGUGUUAGACUGACAUGUUUGCUUAAAGCACAAAUCUAAGAGACAAAGUUUAAAACAGAUUCUUUAUUUCAUGAGUAAACAAGACUUUGAAGAAAGAUGGAGGACACCACACUUCUCCACUUUCUCCCUUGUUGAAAAACUCUAAAAGAUCGUGGGUACGGGUUCUGCCAUCUUACGUUAGAGGUGUUGAGCUCCUCAUCUUCUUAAAAGAUCUGGAACUGUUGGUUUUUCUAAACUAUGCAUCAGUUCUCUCACGUGGUGGAAACUGAAGGUUGAGACGAACCCGUCGGCGUCUUAAAGGGACGGUUCACCCAGAUUAUGAAGAGUGAUGUAAUAACUGGCAUUUUAUUUAAUGUGAAUCAUGUAAAGUUUGCGAGUCGUUUGUUAUUGGGGGGGGGGGGGGGGGGGGGUGAAGAAAUAUACUUUUAUUUCCCUGAGGUCUGUAACAAAAGAUAAACUCGAUAUUCAAGAAUUUAGCUUCGUCCCAUCAUGUCACUAAAAUGUAAAAUACAUAAAAUAAGCCUGAUGCCAUUGGAUAAACAAUUAAAGGAAGAACUUUCUAUGAAUGGAUUUGUUUCCUGCAGAGUUCACUGAAUCUAGAUAUCUGAUCAUCUUGAAACUGGAUUGAAAAAGUUAUAGACACCUGAAGCUCUUUGUGAGUUUUAGCUUCCUUCAGCUCAUUGUUUUGGUUCCUCCACUUUCUGAGCAGAAACCGGAGACGAGCCGGUGAACAGAGUGAAGCCUUUAGCAGCUGAAGAGGGAGGGGGCGAACACUGCAUGUGAACUAGUCAGGUUACCAGAAACAAGAGUCCGAGUUAAUACCGUGAGAAUAUCUUCCUUUAAUUUGAGGGAACUGACCCUUUUAAAGCUUGAAUUUCACCUUUGAAAUUAAAUCGUGAAUUCAGUUCCCAACAGUUUUACCUCAACGUCGACAACAUCAUCCGGUUAUCAACCGUUACCAUCUGGUCUCAACAUUUCUGUUUCUCGCUGUCAUUUCCUGCACUUUCUAGUAAAACAUCAUAAAUCUGUGUAACUGACAUGAAGUCUACUUGACACUUUGUUCUAAAUAAUUAAAGCACUGUUACAAAUCC